UGUCGCAAAAGGCAAAAAAAAUCUCACAGUAUAAAGAGUAAACUCAGUUACUGAGAUUAGGUGAUUAUGAUUCAUUUAGUAGGGGAAAUUUUGGAAGCAUAGUAUAUCAAAUGGAGUUAAAACCCUUAGGUAAGGAUGAGUUAUACAUAUUUAAACUCAAAGAAGAACUAAUCAAUUCAUUAGAACUUCUUUACUUUGAUGCAGAGACUCUGGAAGAAGUGAAACUUGAAGACUCAGUCAACAAACAACCAGUUAUUGCACCCACUUUAUCAUCACCAAUUCAUAAGGACACUGAUUAUUACAAAUCAGAUUUACAUAAAUUCAACUUAAAAAGAAGUUUGGCAGGUUUACAGCCAUUAACAGAGGAACAAUUCGAAGACUUAUUGGAACUGCAAUCUAUAGAGAGUAUUUCAGGGUCAGAAUCAGAGACUGAAGAUGAAGAUGAAGCUGAAGAUGAAAAAGAUGAUCCCAAUAAAGUCAAAUUACAAGCCUUAAUAUCAAAGUUGAGUAUGGAGUCCAAUAAUGAAGAAAAUCAAAAGUCCAUUAGUUAUCUCAAUACGAAAUCUGCAUAUUUAUUAUUUAAGUCGAAGUAUUUGUCAUCAGAUAAAGCCUUUGGAAUAUAUAAAAGCUUAUUCACCGAGAAUGAACUACUUAAGGAUCCAUUGGGAGGUCUUAAGAAACUUCAAAAACUUAGAACAGGGAAAUCUGCUCUUUUUAUGAUUGGUGGAGGUCAUUUUGCAGGAGCCAUUAUUUCUCAUAGUCCCAAAGAUAUAAGAGGAAAUGCUCCUAAUGCAAAAAUCAGUAAAGAAGAACAAGCCGUUAAUAUAAUAGUUUCAAAAACUUUCCAUAGGUAUACCACAAGAAGAAAGCAAGGGGGUUCACAAAGUGCUAGUGAUAAUGCUAAGGGUAAAGCCAAUUCAGCUGGUUCUAGUAUUAGAAGAUACAAUGAACAAGCUUUGAUAAAAGAAGUACGCGAAUUACUACAUGAAUGGAAAAGUUAUUUAAACGAAUGCUCAUCCAUAUAUGUGAGAGCAAAUGGAGCUUCUAAUCGGAAAAUCCUCAUUGGGUAUGAAGGAUCAGUAUUAAAAAAUGAAGAUACAAGAAUUAAGAGUUUUCCCUUUACCACCCAGAGAGCAACCACUUCAGAAUUGAAACGUGCAUGGGUAGAAUUAUCCUAUUUAAAGCCAGUUGACUUACCAAAAGUCAAUGAAAAGGUAAAGAGAAAGCAAGAAUCAGAAGGGUUAUCGACCAAUAAUAAGAAUAAAGAAUUACUGAAAUCACCAGAACCAGCGAGCCCAACUGAAGUUCAUUCGGCUGAGUUGGUGACAUUGCUUAAGAAACAAAAGGCUCCAAAAUUAAUAAGUUAUAUAAAGCAACAUAAUAUAUCUGUCAAUGAAUUUAGACUUGUCCCUGAGUCUAAGUACAUCAACUAUCCAACAUUACUACAAUUUUCAUCAGCCAAUGGUUUGAAUCAUAUGGUCCAAGUAUUAAUAGUCAACUUAAAGGCAGACCCUACUAUAAAAAAUCAAUUUGGUAAAACAGCUGCAGAUAUAUCUGGUGAAAGUUCUACCAGAAAUAUUUUCCAAAUUUGUAGACAUAAAUUGGGAGAAGAUUAUUGUAAUUGGACAUUAGCCAAAGUGGGGCCAGCCAAAUCUAAAGAAGAAUUUGAACAAGAAGAGAAACAAGAAGCUGAACAAAUUAAAGCUGAAAAGCAGAAACGUAUACAGGAAGAACUUGCCAAGAAGACGGAGAUGGAACUUAAAAAACCGGCAUUCUCUAGUCAUAGUACUCUUGGUGGUUCAAGCAAUUUGGUUAACGAUAUGAAUUCACUCUCAGAAGAUCAGAAAUUGAGAUUGAUGAGAGAACAACGUGCUCGAGCAGCUGAAGCAAGAUUUAAAAGAGUCGCUAAUUGAAAAUUGUAAAUAAUAAAUAAUAAAUAAUAAAUA